CGCUGCAGAGGAGCUGGCGCGAGGAGCCCGUGAGUGUCCCGUGUUCGGCGCCGGGGAGCUGAUGCUGUGGUUUCCCGAAGUCAGAGCCCAGCUCGGCCCUAGAGGAAGGUCUCCGAUGUAGCCGGAGGGCACGCUGGCCCCGUGCGUCCUCUGAAGAAGUCACCGUGCUCCUGGCCUUUGCUACACUGCCCUGGGGGCACCUGGAGCGAUCCUGUGAGCUACGUAACCAGCCCGGGGGAUCUCUGACAUAUUUAUUUUCCCUCUUGUCAUUGACUUGGUUAAGGUGAAAAAGUGAAACAGCAGGAGCAAAUCCAGUUUGCAGAUGACAUGCAGGAAUUCACCAAGUUCCCAACCAAGACUGGCCGUCGAUCCCUGUCCCGCUCCAUCUCGCAAUCUUCCACUGACAGCUACAGCUCCGCUGCCUCCUACACUGACAGCUCUGAUGAUGAAGUGUCCCCCCGUGAGAAGCAGCAAACCAACUCCAAGGGCAGCAGCAAUUUCUGCGUGAAGAACAUCAAGCAGGCAGAGUUUGGGCGCCGGGAGAUCGAGAUCGCUGAACAAGACAUGUCUGCUCUGAUUUCACUCAGGAAACGAGCUCAAGGAGAGAAGCCUUUGGCCGGAGCUAAAAUCGUGGGCUGUACACACAUUACAGCACAGACUGCGGUGCUGAUUGAGACGCUGUGCGCGUUGGGGGCGCAGUGCCGCUGGUCUGCCUGUAAUAUCUAUUCCACCCAAAACGAAGUGGCAGCUGCCUUGGCAGAAGCUGGUGUUGCCGUGUUUGCCUGGAAGGGGGAAUCGGAGGACGACUUCUGGUGGUGCAUUGACCGCUGUGUUAAUGUAGACGGCUGGCAGGCCAAUAUGAUCCUGGAUGACGGUGGGGACCUGACCCAUUGGGUUUAUAAGAAAUACCCCAAUGUAUUCAAGAAGAUCCGAGGAAUUGUGGAGGAAAGCGUGACUGGCGUGCACAGGCUGUACCAACUCUCCAAGGCCGGGAAGCUGUGUGUCCCAGCCAUGAACGUUAACGACUCGGUCACCAAACAGAAAUUUGACAACCUGUAUUGCUGCCGGGAGUCCAUCCUGGAUGGCCUGAAGAGGACCACAGAUGUGAUGUUUGGAGGGAAGCAAGUGGUGGUUUGUGGUUACGGGGAGGUCGGCAAGGGAUGCUGUGCUGCUCUGAAAGCCCUGGGAGCUAUAGUCUACGUCACGGAGAUCGAUCCCAUCUGCGCUCUCCAAGCUUGCAUGGACGGAUUCCGAGUGGUGAAGCUGAGCGAAGUUAUCCGCCAGGUGGACGUGGUCAUCACCUGCACAGGAAACAAGAACGUUGUGACCAGAGAACACCUGGAUCGGAUGAAAAACAGCUGUAUCGUGUGUAACAUGGGCCACUCCAACACCGAAAUUGAUGUGACCAGCCUCCGGACCCCGGAGUUGACCUGGGAGCGUGUCCGCUCGCAAGUGGAUCACGUCAUCUGGCCGGAUGGGAAGCGGGUGGUGCUGCUGGCCGAGGGCCGUCUUCUCAACCUGAGCUGCUCCACAGUUCCCACCUUUGUUCUCUCCAUCACGGCCACUACUCAGGCUCUGGCUCUGAUUGAGCUUUACAACGCUCCCGAGGGCCGUUACAAGCAAGACGUCUACUUGCUGCCGAAGAAGAUGGACGAAUACGUCGCCAGCUUGCAUCUGCCUUCGUUUGACGCCCACCUGACAGAACUGACGGACGAUCAAGCAAAAUACCUGGGACUCAACAAAAACGGGCCUUUCAAACCCAACUACUAUAGAUACUGAUGGACCAUAUCCAUGAAGGACCAGACCACACAAGGCAACAUUAGAGAGAUUAUUUUUAAAGAUCAUUUUAUUUUAGUUUAUUUUUUUUUAACCAACAAAGAAACCUGUUUUUAUGUUUCUUUUAUCAGUGUGAUUUUAAGGCCACAUUUUUUCCUCUGCUUCACCUUUUCAUGUGAUCACAUCUCUGUCUGAUCUUGGCAGAUAGCCUGGGAUUCGCUUCCUGCUUUGAUGUGGCUGAAGCCACCGGUGGCUCUCAGCCCUCGCUCCCAGAAAGAGGUUUCCGUUCCUGGCAUGUGAAGGGCGAUUCAUUCCUGCAGUUGUUGUUGUUAUUAUUAUUUUUUGACCUUUCCAGCCCGCAUUAGUCUCAGUUGGGAUACCUGCAGAUACGGAGAUGCUGUUCUACCUUAUCUUAGUUUCUUUCUUUGUGUGGAUUAUCUGCAACUUCUAAAUUGCCUUAAAGAGCCCAGUUUUAGCUGCUAGAUCAAUGCUCCUAAAGCUGCUUGGGAGCAGAGUGGCACCUGCUGGCCACCUCGCGAAUAGGUGACUGUCCCCAGCUCAGCCAGGGGCCUGGCACAGAGAGGGCCGGUGACCUGAGUUGGGUGUCUGGCUGGGUAGGGUCCAGGGUGCUAAUCUGAAUUCGGACGGGGGUCGCUUACCCAGCAUUAUCCUCAUCUCUCCUAAGUUUGUUUUUUUUUUUUUAGUCAAACUGCACCUUAAUUGAGUUAGAAACGUUUCGUUUCCCCCCCCCCCCUUUUUUCUUUCUUAGAGAUGUUUUAAAGCAGGGGAAGCAAUGGAGAUGGUGAGGCGAUGCCCCCAGUUGGGGGGCUGCCUCUCCCACCUGGAAGCGCGGAGGU